UGUUAGCCAGCUCCUUGUAAACAUAAGGUUACUAUAAAACGAAACGGUUCUCGUUGUGCUGGAAGACGGAGGCUGUUACCUUACCGAUACUGCCGGUUAGGUAUAGUCUACAAAUUUAAAUUCUUUUAUACAAAUUCAUUCUAAAGAUGGGAAGAAAAAAGAAGACAUUACACGACUAUGCAGCUGAGUUCAGCGAUUUGGGAGUGAAAAGACAUGUGGUGGAGCAACACAACUCUGGCGAAAGGACCUUGGUGGAAAUACUGUACUGUAAAUCUUGUGAGAUCACGGUGAGGGUCCGCAGAGAUCGGAUACUAGAGCACCUCGCUUCGGCCAGACAUUAUCGAAACAAACGUCUUGCGAAACUAUGGGACUGCAAGCCCCCUCAGAUGUUGUCAGAGACGGAGCUCCACCCCAGCUCGCCUGUAGAACUGGACUCCACCUCGCCCCUGGCCCUGCAAUCCCAGCUCAUCCUGCACGGGAACCACUUCCCCUCUCCCGGCUCCGCCUCUCUCCCGUCGCCCGUGUCCCAGCUGGCGCCGCCCAUCCAUUCCAGCAGCAUCACCUCCACCUCCAGCAGGAGGGGCGUGGCCUCCACCCAGGGUGACCCCGCCCCAUCCACAUCCGCCAGCCAAUCACAGACCCUGCCUGCGUCUCGCAUGAAGAGCCCUAGCCCGGGGGUGCCUGCGUCCAGCUCCAGCCCCUGGCUGGUGAUGCCGGAGCCCUCGAACUUUGCCAGCGGACGGCAGGCCUUCGGGGAGGACGAGCUGGGCAGCCUGGGUGUGGGGCUGGCUCUGUUCGGCGUGGGCUCUGGCUGCAGAGCCCUGUGUCAGAGCUUAGUGGAGGAGAAAGGGUGCCACCUGCUGUACGUUGUGGAGGACCAGCGCUGGGAGGUGGAGAGCGUCUUCAGCCAGGAGCACCUUGCUCAUACCCGGGUGCUGCGUGCUAUCGAUACAGACAUUGUGCUCAGUGACCAGCGUGUUACAGGAGUUUUGGUCUGCUGCCCUCCUAAAGAGGCCUCACCAAUAGUCUUGGGUGCAUUAAGAGCCGGUAAAGGUGUUCUCUGCGAGAAGCUGCCCAGUUUAGACAGACGAAUCGCAGAGUCCUGUUUCGAUGAAGCAGACAGACGAGGGAAGCCGCUGGUGUGUGGAUUUUACAAACGUUUUGACCCAGCCCUGCAGUACCUGUACAAGAAGGUUAAUGAAAACGACACCUUGGGUAGAAUACAGAGGAUCACAUCUGUGAGCCGCCUGUACCCCCGGCCCACGAUCAGCAGAAUCAGAUCAUCAGGUGGGAUAUUUUUCAGCAUGGCGGUGCAUGACAUUGACGUCAUCUGCUGGCUGUUGAGGGAACGUACCCCAGACAGCAUCUUCUCUCUGGGCCACGCUUUCUGUGCAGAGGUGGCUGCAGUGAAUGACGCAGACUCCAUCUCCGUCAGCAUGAAGUUCCCGAGCGGCACCAUCGCAUCCCUGGACAUCAGCCAGCACUGCAACAAGAGCUGCGACCAAAGACUGGAGGUCCACGGCUCCGAAGGUUCCCUGCAGAUGGAAAACAGGAACCCCCUGGGAAUCUCCGACCGGAGCACGUCGUCGGGGCUGUGCCUGCAGUCCACCGCCGAACGCUUCCGCGACGCCUACCGAGAGCUGCUGCGUCACUUCCUCAGGACUCUGCGAGGGAUGGAGGCUCCUUUCAUCACCAAAGAGCAGUACCUGUGGACUGUCCAGGUGGCCGCAGCAGCGGAGCAGUCGUGGAAGAACGGCUCCGCAGUGGACCUGCGCAACGAGGCCCCAGAAACCAUGGUCAUCAAGACAGAGACGUGACCGCAGCUGGCCGAGUGCAUGGUUUCCCAGGGUUUUCCAGCCUUUAUGAAACACAAACUGAGGAGGAAAUGCGUACGUCUUUAGUUACUCUCAUUAUCAUGUAUCAGAUAUUUCGGUUUGCCAGAUCAGAAAUCUUUAUUUUCUAUGUAGGUUUGCUUUGACU